GUCUUCUGUCUCGGGAAGCCCCUUAACUGCUGCCUAACCUCCACAACGAUUUCCCGCGAAUUAGAUAGCUUGGGAUUGACUCCAUUGACCCCCUUUCUGCGUCUUUCCGACUGACAACUUGUCCUCAAUUCUCCAAGACAGUUCGACAAUUACCCGUCGAAGCAAACGAGCGAUUGUAUCCAAGACAACCAACAAGACACAAAAUUAGGGGGCAUGCCAUCCGUCGUUGCAAACAGUAGUUUCCCGCGGUGACAAUUGUUGAUAUACGAUCGGUAACAACAGGCUGAUCUAUCCGUAUUUUGCUCUCUGCUCUUUCCAACGACGUCGAGAGUCGAUAACUCGCAACUCAGCAAUGUCCGGAGUAAGGAACCUCCGCGCGAUGUUCGAAAACAGAGGGGAGAACAACCCUCCAGACAGAGGGAGAUCCCCUGGUCCUGGAGGUGUCGCCUCCCCGUCUCCGUCUCAUUCGCCGAGGCGGUUAUCUAAAGUUCGAACUACCUUCGUAGCAGUUGAGAAAGACGGGCGCGUUGGAUUGAGAAGAGAACCGAGCGGAGAUUCAGUUUCCGUAGAAAGCAGAAGACUCAGCGACGAGACCGAAGCUACGCACGCCACCACACCACAACCUGCCUCGGAAAAGACAGACGUUUUCGCUGAAAAUAUGGCUAAGAACGCAUCCGCCUUCAAGUCGAAUUUGUCUCAAGAAGCCAUUCCCGAAUCGCCAGUCCAAAGCGCCCCUUCACAGCCUUCCCCUGAGAAGGGUAAGGACAGUCGGAGUCCUAACAUUGCUCCGAAUCCAAACCCAGACAAGGUCACGGAUGAGGAGGAGACGAAGACGAAAUUGUUACCGGGCAACCCAACAGAUAAGGCGGCGACAAGAGGAAAGAGUGUGACGCCUACUCCGCCUACUGCCGCUUCAACAAACGGGAAGCCCAAAACUGCGGCCACAGCUAAGCCCGCUUCCAAGCCUGCUCCUAAACCCGCACCGAUUUCGACUUCCGCUAGGUCCGUUUCGAAGCCGGCUAAGUCGCCUACUAAAGCGAUUAGCAACGCUGCGAAGGCACCUCGUUCUUCGAGCUUAGGUCCCCCGAAACGGGCAACUCCCGCAGCUUCUAAGGAUCACGAUGCGCCGAAGAAGGCGGCCGCUCCCGCCGCGACAAAGACGACAGCCACUGCCAGCAAGAAGCCAGCACCCAUUGACCUUCCCUCUUCGGGAGCUGGAUUCGUGAAGCCGAAGCCUAAGUCGCCCACCCGGCCUAUCAAGCUCCCUUCUUCCCUUACUAAGCCAACCGCCUCUUCCGCUUCCAAGCUCGGAAGCGGAAGCGGCAAUGCAGCUCAGGCUCCCAGACAAUCUUCCUCGAGAGCUUCCGGGAGUGCCGCGCAUUUAAACGUGGCCGCUCCCGUUCACAGAUCGCCUAGCAGAUCGAGUCUUGCCAGCGCGGGCGUCAUCACGAAUAACAAAGGCCUAAGACGUCAGAGUUCGACCGUCGGUCGGCCACGGCCGAGCCUGGGACCUCCCCCUAAGCAAACAGCCAAGGAUCACCCCGUAUCUAAGAAAGAGGCCCACGUUGACGAGAGUUUCCUCGCGCGCAUGAUGAGACCCACCCAGAGCAGCUCGAGCAAGACGUCGGAGAAGGCCCCCGUGACGCCGCCGCGGAAACCAGUUUCGCCCAUGACCACCCAAAAGAAAUCUGUGACGAAGGACAAGGACGCGGAUGCGAAUGCGAAGAAGGUGACUGCUAAAAUCCAAGCUUCGUCCAACAGCCUCCAGGCGGCUAUGGACAGCGUGAAGCCGGCUGAGAAGGAAACUCCUACGGCAAAGGAGGUCGCUCCCGUUGUAGCACAGGCUGAGACUGCAGAGGUUGCUAUCGAGGUCGCCAAGGUCUCGACGGAGACUGCUACUACCCCCGUGGUAGAGGAGGCAAAGGCGGAGGCUGUCACUGAGCCCACUAUCGUUGUUGAAGCCGAGGAGGCCAAAGAUGAGGUUGUUGAGAAGCCGUCUGAGCCCGAGGCAACAGUCCCAGUUGUUACCGAGGACGCUGAGAAGGUUGAAGAUAUCGAAGACUUGGUCCAAGAGACUGUAGAGGAAUCUGUCAGCCAGAGCCCUGCGGAACCUGCUAUUGAAGUAUCCGCUGUUGAAGAGGAGCCUAAGGAGGCAGAGGCCGUGGAAGCCGCUCCUGAGGUAACCGAGGAGGCGGCCCCGGCUGAGAGCGAAUCUACCAGCGCAGCAGUCGAAGAACCUGAGGUUGAGGAACCCAAGGCCGCAGAACCCGAGGUCACGGCAGUGGAGGCAACCAAUGCCGAGGAGAGCAAGGAGGAGACGAAGGUGGAAGAUGUUAAGGAGGAUGAGGCCACGUCGGCGGGUCUUUCUGAAGCUUAGUUCGCUAUCCGCCGUACUCUACAACAGUAACAAAAGGUUCGAUUCGGGUUACGUUGGGAAUGGCAGCAAAAAUAUCAAGAAAACCACAAAGACCAAAUUUGUUUGUAUUG